AUGAGGUUCUCCAGACUUGUCAAAAGUCUCGGCGCUUGGGCGUUGCUCAGUCGUGGUGGUGCAAUUGCAUUGGAUUUUCAGGACGAGACGUGCCAAAACGAACUCUAUCUAAAGCUCGCUCCCCUGGCGACAGAUCCCUGGGCCAAACAGUUCUGUUCUGAUAAAUACCACAAGACUGACACUUCUCUUGUGACUACUUUUAUCACAGCAACCUCGGUGUCGGAUGCCGUGACUACCACCACUUCCACCACAUCGACUACCACAACUGCAACCACAACAACCACCUCGACAAGUACGACAACCACAACAAGCACUGCCACAAGCACUACUGUUACCACUACAAUAUCCACCUUCACAGUGACUACGAUAAUAACUGGCACAUCGGCUGGAGUUGAUCCUGAUCCUGAGACCACAUCGGCUGCAGUUGACCCUGAGACUACAUCUGCCGACGUUGAACCUGAUCCUGAGACUACAUCGACCAUAGUUGUUCCCGAUGAGACCCCAUCGGCCAUAGUUGAUCCUCUCACCACAGAUUUACCCAGGAAGCGAUAUGCGAGAUGCCACAAGGCAAAGCCAACCUCUCGAAUCAAGCCAGGUGGUGGUACAUCCGGCGAUAAACCAGACCCUUAUCAGCCUCAUUUCAAGCCUGCGUCUGAUAUUCCAUUCAAGGGUGACUUGGGUAUUCCGUAUUCGGACAGUCAGAAUUCGGGCUCAGGAGCGGCGCCGCAUAUUGGCCCUAACAAACCAUUCCACGACAACUCACCCAAAUAUCAGCACAAUAAAUGGACACCAGAUGGUAACCUCGAAGGCAACGCGGCCCCGUAUAGCUACGGCACUCCAACUCAACACUCCCCUUCCGAUCCGACUAGUAACGGCUACUCAUCAGAUCCCAAAGCCGAACUCUACCAGAGCUUGUUGUAUGCACCAGCUGCUACUGCGAGCAAAUUCUGUUCCUGUUACCAGGCGACGGAGACUUCUACGUCCACCACGACUAGUACGGUCGCCACAACUGUGAUAACCUCUGGUACGGUCACGGACAUUGUGACUAGCACCAUAAGCACAACUUCCACCUCGGUAACAACGACGACAACGACUUUGACGGUGCCAACCACUACAGAGACAACCAGCACGACCACUGCGAGUACGACUGUGACGACCACAAUCUCGCUGUGUGCAAUUCUCGAGGCAGAGUCGUAUAAAGACCCAAGCUGA